GCCGUCAGCCAUGAAGAACGACAGAAACAAGCCCUUGGCCUUGCCUCAUUUACGCAGGAUACUCCUCUUCGUGCUACCACUACCAGUAGCGCUUCUCUUCUUCUCCUUGGGUUUUGUCCUCGGCAUGACCUCCAGCGCAAGCGUCGAAAACCUCUACUUCCCUUUCGUUACACCCUCGCCCUCUGCUAAGCCGCCGUCGACGGCUACGUCAUUGCCACCGACCACGAUCAGCGCCAUGCACAACAUGACCGACGAGGAGCUGUUCCGGUGGGCGUCCAUGGCAACGAAAGUCGACGGGACGCCGUACCACCGGGUGCCCAAGGUCGCCUUCAUGUUCCUGGUGAGAGGGGACCUGCCUCUGCGACCUCUGUGGGAGAAGUUCUUCGAGGGACACCAUGGCCUCUACUCCAUUUACGUGCAUGCGAAUCCCUCUUACACUGGGUCGCCGCCGAGGGACUCCGUGUUCCACGGUCGCAUGAUCCCAAGCCAGAGAACGACGUGGGGAGGCGUCACCCUCGUGGACGCGGAGCGCCGGCUCCUGGCGAACGCGCUGCUGGACCUCGGCAACGAGCGCUUCGCGCUGCUGUCGGAGUCGUGCAUCCCCGUCUACAACUUCCCCACCGUGUACGCCGUCCUCACCGGCUCCGGCGGCGCCAGCUUCGUGGAGAGCAUCGCGACGCCGGCGCGCUACAGGCCCCUGUUCGCGCUCCGCAACAACGUCUCCGUCGCGCAGUGGCGCAAGGGCUCCCAGUGGUUCGAGGUGGACCGCGCCCUCGCCGCCGAGGUCGUCGCCGACGGCGCCUACUUCCCGACGUUCCGGGAGAACUGCGCCGGCGAGAGGUUCUGUGUCGUGGACGAGCACUACGUGCCGACGCUGGUGAGCGUGCUGGGGUGGGGGCGGCGCAACGCCAACCGGACGCUCACGUUCGCGGACUGGGACCCGAAGCGGCGGACGGGGUCCCACCCGCGCACCCACAGGGCGGAGGAGGUGACGGAGGAGCUGAUCGGGAGGAUCAGGAGGGGAGGGGCGGGCAGGAGUAACUGCACCUACGAUGACGGGGCGAGCGGCGUCUGCUUCCUGUUCGCGAGGAAGUUCGCGCCGGACACGCUCCAGCCGCUGCUUCGUUUGGCUCCAAAGGCCAUGGGGUUUGGGUGAGAUGAAGGUCGUCGACAAGGUUUGUCAAAACAAAAUUGCGUUGGGAUGUUCUAGGGUAAUAAGCUCAUAAAUGUUCUUAAUAAGAUUAGGAAUGCAAAAUAAAGACAAUCCAAAACAUAUCCACCCAGGUAACUAGGUAAUCAUUUUAAUUUAGGAUCGACUAAUUGUUAUUUUAGUGAUAGCCGAUGUUCAUAUUGACAAUUGCCUAUGGUGACCUUUUUCAUUCUUAAGGUAUUCCGGGA